GCCGUAUUUGAUCACUUCCUAUUAAAAAUUUAAAUUUAAAUAUUAAACAUUUACCAACAACUCCAUAAUUACCCCAAUUAAUAAUCAAUUAAAGCAAUGUUCCAAUUAAAAUAUUCCACAAACAAAAACUAAAUCGUUAUGUUCGACAUAAUUUAGUGUUAUAUUUAACAUCUAGUGGACAUGACCAAAAGUCGGUCAGUGAUUUAACGAGUGUGUGAAGAAAAAAUAAGUCAUGAAAUAUAUGCUUACAUAAUAUUCUCGUUGUUAUCCCUACUUUAGCGUCCUCGUUCUGUCGCGUUACUUCUCCCCACCAGUUCCUGACAGCUUGGUCGAUUCACGAGUUUGCCUGGAUACACCCGCGUUUUCCCGGGCCUUUGCGCCGCGAUUUAUAUACAUACCGGAUCACUCAAUCAUCGGAUCGUCAUCAUCAGUGUCGACAGACAGUCACAGAAAGGAACGACAAAAAAUAGUUUAUCUGCGUAGGAGUGACACGAGCUGCAGAGUUAAAUUAAAAAGAUAAUUUUUUGGAACCUGAUAGUCUUAAUUUCAAAAUGACCGAACAAAAUGAUCAACUCAAUAUGUGCGGGGAUGAACCUCGCACUAAUCUUAUUAUUAAUUAUCUACCCCAAAGUAUGACUGAAAAAGAAUUAUAUAGUAUGUUUGUUACUAUCGGACCAGUUGAAUCUUGUCGAGUUAUGAAAGAUUACAAAACUGGAUAUAGUUAUGGUUUUGGUUUCGUGAACUACGCGAAAGCUGAGGAUGCAGCAACAGCGAUAAAUACACUCAAUGGAUUGCAAGUUCAAAAUAAAAGAUUAAAAGUAUCGUUUGCAAGACCUUCUGGAGAAGAAAUAAAAGAAACAAAUCUCUAUGUUACAAAUCUUCCUAGAAAUGUUACGGAAAAUCAAAUUGAGGAUCUCUUCAAUAAAUUCGGCCAAAUAGUACAGAAGAAUAUAUUGAAAGAUAAAUUAACUGGCUUACCUAGAGGAGUGGCUUUUGUUAGGUAUGAUAAGCGUGAAGAAGCACAAGAAGCAAUAAAUCAUUUAAAUGGUACAAUACCCGAUGGCGGUUCCGAGCCGCUGUGUGUUAAGAUCGCGGAAGAACAUGGAAAACAAAAAGCGGCAUAUUAUGCUGGAUGGCAGGCUGGAUACAAUCAGAGUCGUGGUGGAAGUACCCGCGGACGUGGAGCUUCAACUGGGGGAGCUGUCACUACCGGAGUAACUGGAGUUGGAAGAGCGACAUCAAUUGGUACACGUGGUGGACAUCAUGGAAGUUUUAUCGGGAACGGAGGUAGUGGACCCGGUGCUAUGAGAAUGGAAAAAAUUCAUCCCCAUAGAUUCAAUCCGAUUGGAAUGGGGGGUGGUUACGUACAAUCUCACUUCUGGUGACCACAAAUAAAUGUCUUACAUUUAUUACAAGUCAAUAAGUAAUUAUUAAACAAAUAAACAAGCAAACAAACAAAUAAAAAAUUUAUGAUGAUACUAAACAAAUGUUUCGGCAACGACCGAGUGGACAUUACUACAGUUGAUACCGUUUGGAGCAACUCCUCGAUGGAUUAGCAAAUAUGUCGAUAAUUUUUAAUUUAAUUAACGUUUUUUUUCUUUUUUUUUUUGUUUCUUUUAUUUUAAUUAAUUAAUGAAAUUAAUUCGCGAAUGUUUUAUGGUCACAUGUCGCAUCCAAAAUCUCCGUCCGAGAUGAACGGAAAAUGUGGGGUGUGGAUUUUAGACAAUGGAUAUUAAGUGAGUGCUGUACUGUGAAACAAUGGCACUAAUUAUUAUUAUUUUUAAUUUAAAUACCAGAAGAUUGGCAAUGGAAGAUGUCAAGAAAUAUUAAAAAAUAUUUUGUGGAUUAUUUUAAAAUAAUUUUAUGAUACCCAGUGCCAUUGCGAGUGCAGACAAAAAUAAAUUUUAAAAUUUUAAAAUUUAAGACUAAAGAUUUUAAAAAUAUAAAAUAUCUUCUUUCGAUUAAUGAGAGAGUAGUUAGUUCAUAACUAAUUGAGGAUAAUAAUAAUAAUGAAUUUCUUAUAUUAAAUAAUUAAUUAAAAAAAAAAUUCCAUUGGUUUAAUUUAGUUGUAUCUUUUAAUUAAGUGUGACAACUCGUUAUUAAUAUUGUAAAGAUGAUUAUGUUAUGAAAAUUUAGUUUUAAUGUUCAUAAAAAACCGGUGUAAUUUCUUUCUGUAAUA